AUGGCCUCUCGUAAAGUCGCGCUCGCCGCCAUGGCCGUCGUCAUCGCCGUGGCCGCCUUGCUCCCGGCGACGGCUUCCGCGGCGUCGUACACCGUCGGCGACGACUCCGGGUGGGACAUCGGGAUCGACUACCGCGCCUGGGCCAGCGGCAAGAAGUUCAGAGUCGGCGACACCCUCGAGUUUCUCUACUCGUUGGGGGAGGCCGAGCACAACGUGGUGUUGGUGGACGCGCAGAGCUUCGCGGCGUGCACCGUGCCCAGCAACGCGCCCACGCUCACCACCGGCGACGACACCGUGUCGCUGACGCAGGCCGGGCAGUGGUUCUUCAUCUGCGGCAUCGAGGGCCACUGCCAGGACGGCAUGAAGCUCGCCGUCAACGUCCACUGA